GACAAGUUCACGUGCGUGUUCACUUACGCUUCUCAAGGCGGGACCAACGAGCAAUGGCAGAUGAGCCUGGGGACCAGUGAGGACCACCAGCACUUCACCUGCACCGUCUGGAGGCCCCAGGGCAAGUCUUACCUGUACUUCACGCAGUUCAAGGCUGAGGUGCGGGGCGCCGAGAUCGAGUACGGCAUGGCCUACUCCAAAGCCGCAUUUGAAAGGGAAAGCGACGUCCCACUGAAGGACGAGGAGUUUGAAGUGACCAAAACGGCAGUGGCCCACAGGCCCGGGGCAUUCAAGGCUGAGCUGUCGAAGCUGGUGGUCGUGGCCAAGGCAUCCCGCACCGAGCUGUGAUGGGCCGCCGUCCCCACCUCCGCUGCAGGACCCGGGCCCUGCCAGGGCUGGCUCACCACGGAUGUUCUAGGUGGGACCCGGGGCUUUCUGCCCUGACCAGGGCCGGAGGGUCCGCGGGGCCUGGCUCGUGCACCUUCCUCACCCCUCCUUGCCGUGCUUCUCUGCCCUCGGGGGCGGGGGGCGCGAGGAGGGUGGGCACCGAGGGGGCGGCAGCUUCCCUGAAGCCAGGCUCCGGGAAACCCAGCUGCUCCCCUCCAGCUCCUGCUGACGCCCCCGUGUGCCUCUGGGACUUUUCUUACAUUUACACGGGAUGCCUUUCAGAUGAACUGGGAAGAAGCGACAUGUUCUUUCAUAUUUAAAUAAAUAAGAUGGUUCAGAAGCA